AUGAACUUGACAAGUGUACAAGUUGGUCUUCCUCUGAUAAGCGAAGAAGCUUAUUAUGUGAUCAUCAAAGUCCUUCACUUCCCUAUGAUGGUCUUCAGCCUCUCCGGUCUAGUGACCAACUCUCUCAACAUGUUGGUCUUCGUCAGACAGGGCGUGACGUCAGACAGCGUCACCGUGUCUCUCUUCGUUAUGUCCCUUUCAGAUUUCGCCGCCAGCCUGCUGAUGUUUCCGCAGGUGAUCUGCUACUACCUGGACAGCCUCAAUCUACCGUCGGUGAAGAGCUGCUAUAUCAUUACGUCAAUGGCUACCACGUACCCACAUAUUGUGUUCGGUAAAGUCACGUGUCUUAUUCAAACCUACAUCAGCGUGGAGAGAGCUUAUUGUGUAGUUUUUCCACUCAAGGUAAAACGUGUCAUCAAGACAAGAAACACGGUCAUUAUAAACAUUAUAUUGUGUAUUGUGACGAUUAUACUAUUCACACCGUAUCCUGCAAACUUGCAGCUGGUCUGGGUCAGAGAUAAUCUCAACUCUACCAGGGCAACAUUCGUUUUCAACAGUGUUGGCCUCACCAUGGCUAAGGUCAACUACAUCAACGGUUCCUUCAUCAUCCCCAACACGGCCAUAGUUGUGAACAGCGUAGCAACGGUUGUCAUAGUAGCGCGUCUUCACGUGACCCGGAAGUGGAGGAAAACCUUGUCUUCAGCCGGAGCAGCGCCAAAGUCGCAAAAGAUGUCCUCCAAAAGUCUGGAAACCAGUAAGACGGUCAUAGUUAUUACGUCCGUGUAUCUGGUCAGUUUGAUUUGUGGUCAGUUACCAGCGAUGACCGCAUUCGCAUUACCAGAUGUUACCCAAGAAGGCCUGAACAAGUAUUUGUAUGAUGUUAUCUUCUCAAUUAGGUUUGAUAUCGAGGCUAUGCACUCAACAGUCAACUUGUUUUUUUACUUUAAAAUGAGCUCGAAAUACCGCCAAGUAUGUCAGGCCAUUUUCAUGAACUACACUAGGUAA